UUAUAUAUGUUGAGCGUUUUUCUUCAACAACUCUGCAAAUAAUAAUCUGAAACUUUUGAAGUUUGAACCCUGUCCACUCCUUCUGAAUCUUCUUUCAUGGCUUCUGAUUCUCAGACCGCAACUGCAACUACAUCUGAAAAGCCACUGGAGAACAAGGGGAACGAGGAGGCUAAUUCGAUGGAGAAAAAAAUUGUUUUGGAGGAAACUGUGGAUGUGGUGAAAGAUAAACCGGACCUGACGGUUGCAGAGGAGGAGAAGAGUGUUCAGACUCCUGCUGGUGAACCGGAGAAAGAGAUACCUGCAGAUGUGGAGAAGGCUGCAGCAAUUGUGAAAGCAGAGGAGUCUAUGGAUAAGGAGAAAGAUGAAAAUGGUGAGGAGAAGGUGGCUGAGCAAGGGGAAUUUAAAGAACCAACCCUUGUAAAAGAGGGCGUUGCAGAGGUUAAUGUUCAAGCAGAAGAUGAAAAUGGCGAGGAGAAGGUAGCUGAACAAGUGGGGCUUAAAGAACCAACCCUUGUGAAAGAGAGUGUUGAAGAAGUUAAGAUUGAAAAUGUUGGUGUGGAGAAAGCAGAAGAGAAGCGAGCCGUGGAGAGUGUGGUUGAAGAAGAGCCCAAGGGUAAGGAGGAGGAGAAGAUGGUUGAUGUUUCUGAAUCAACAGAUGAAGCAGGAAGCAAACAGGUGGAACCAGUUGAUGUUCAACAUCCUAGAGAAGUAUCUGCGGAGACUGUAGAUGUUGAGGUUCUUGAAGUUGAGCCAAAACCAGACACUUCUGAAUCUGGUUCUGCUUUGUGCCCUGAGGAAAUUGUACCAAUAAACCAAGAUUCAGACACUGCUCCCAAAAAGGAAACUGAAGAAGACGCUUCUUCUCUUUCUGAUGUCAUUGAGAAGGCCAUUACUGAAGAGAAUCAUGUCGUUGAUGAACCAUCAAAGGAUGAAAAAGCUUCUGAAUCUGUUUCUGCUUUGUGCCCUGAGAGAGUUGUACCGUCAAAUCAAGAUUCAGACACAUCUCUCGAAAAGGAAGCUGAAGGAGACGUUUCUUGUCCUCCUGAUGUCAUCGAGAAGGCCAAAACUGAAGAGAAGGAUGUGGUGGAAGAACCAUCAAAGGAUGAAAAAGAGAAAGUGAGUGAAGAAGCCAAAGAUGUUGUAACUAAACUAGCUACAGAAGAUGAGAACAUCAAGAAAGAAAAUGAUACAGAAUCAACAGAAGUAAACAAACAAGAGGAAUCAAUUACAGAGAAAAUAGCAGAGGUUGUAGAAGCAGAAACUGUUGCUAAAGAGAGCGAUGAGCCAAAACAAGAACCAGAAAUCACAACGGAAGAAGUUUCUGUCAAGCAAAAACAUUCAAACAGCAUUAUGUCAAAGGUGAAGCAGUCUCUUGUUAGGGCAAAGAAAGCAAUCAUUGGGAAGUCUCCAAGCUCUAAGACUAUCACAACUGAAGAAACCAAAGAAGAGGUCAAAGCCAAGUGAUAGGUUUCUUGAAGUCUUUCAAGUAUUUUAAUUUUUUUUUUGUUGGUUUCUGUUUCGUGUGGGAGAAGAAAGCAGAACAUUCUUUUUCUUUGUUGUAUGGCUUUGUGUGGCUUAUAACUUGUAUCUGUAAUCAUACAAAGGUUUUGCUUUGUGUUA